AUGUUCGGGAAACCAGACAAAAUGGACGUUCGGUGCCACUCGGACGCAGAGGCUGCCCGGGUCUCGAAGAACGCGCACAAGGAGAGCCGGGAGACCAAGGGCGCGGAGGGCAACCUCCCUGCCGCCUUCCUCAAGGAGCCGCAGGGCGCCUUCUCGGCGUCGGGCGCCGCGGAAGAUUGUAACAAAAGUAAAUCCAAUUCCCCUGCCGAUCCCGAUUACUGCCGCCGGAUCCUGGUUCGAGAUGCCAAGGGUUCCAUCCGAGAGAUCAUCCUGCCCAAAGGCCUGGACCUGGACCGGCCCAAGAGGACGCGUACGUCCUUCACGGCGGAGCAGCUCUAUCGGCUGGAGAUGGAGUUCCAGCGCUGCCAGUAUGUGGUGGGCCGCGAGAGGACGGAGCUCGCCCGGCAGCUCAACCUCUCUGAGACCCAGGCAAAUAGCAAAGAAAAUAAUGAACGAUUCAAACGCGGGUAG